CACUCACUCGUUCUGAAAAGAGGUGUGUCUAUUGCUUGUGACAUCAAAGGGCGUGGAGUUCUGCGUAGCUGAGACAAAAUGGCACCGAGCUUCAGUUUUGGGUUGAAGAAAAAGGUUUGGGAAACAAUAAAAAGAGACGUACUUGAUGACUGUAAACUUGGGGGAGAAUGGAAGAUCCUGAUUCUGGACCACUUCACCACAAAACUGUUGUCAUGCUGCUGCAAAAUGUCAGAUCUUUUAGCAGAGGGCAUCACUACUGUGGAGGAUAUCUACAAAGACAGAGCACCAGUUAACAACUUAAAGGCAAUCUAUUUCAUCACUCCAGAAGAAAAGUCUGUGGAUGGACUUAUCAGCGAUUUUAAAAAGGGCUGUCACAAGUACAAAGCUGCUUAUCUUUACUUCACUGACUGGAAUGUUACUGAUAUAAUUGGCUAUAAAAUACCCUUGAAGUCCGUUUCUGCUCAAGAGUAUGCCAGAGAAAUUCACAGCUUAUUUCCUGUGUGCUUUGCUUUUAAGGUUUUUACUGUUGAUGCACCAGAAGCCUUCCACUGUCUGUAUAGCCCACACACUACUGAGAAUAAAACUGCCAGACUAGAAACGAUCGCUCAGCAAAUAGUGACACUUUGUGCAACUCUGGAUGAAAACCCUGGAGUCAGAUUCAAAAAGGAACCUCUUGAUAAUGCUACAGUACUGGCCAAGAUGGUUGAAGACAAACUUCAGCAAUACUAUGAGAUUGAUGAAAGAAGUAAAAAGAAGGUAAGGAAAAUUCCCAAACUUAUAAAAGAGCUUUCAGCAAGCAGAAAGGAACGAGAUGGAAAUGUAACAAUAAAUGCCUUGUCCAGUCUCAUGAGGAAGAUGCCUGAUUUCCGUAAACAGAUGACAAAGCAAACUAUACAUCUUCAUUUAGCUGAAGAUUGCAUGAGGGUGUUCCAGGAGCAUGUUGAGAAGCUAUGCAAGACUGAACAAGACUUGGCUCUUGGAACUGAUGCUGAAGGGCAGAAAAUCAAAGACCCUAUGCGACUUCUUCUUCCAGUCCUGCUGAACAAGAAAAAUCCAGAUUAUGACAAGAUACGUGUUAUCCUGCUUUAUAUAUUCAGUCUGAAUGGAACAACUGAAGAAAAUCUUGCAAAACUAAUGCAACAGGUAGAAACUGGAAAAGAAGUCGUACACAACUGGAAGUAUCUAGGUGUUCCAGUUAUAUCGAAUGCUUCAUCUGUGCAACGUAAACAGUCGAGGGAUCGGUCAGAAGAAACGUAUCAGCUUUCUCGAUGGACUCCAGUUAUAAAGGACAUUAUUGAGGAUUUUAGGGAGAACAAGCUAGACCCUAAGGAGUGGCCUCACUGUUCAGAAUGUUCUGCAGCUUGGAAUGGUUCUGGUGCAACAAGUGCACGUCAGAAUGCCACUAUUCCAAGAAAAGAUCUUAAAACUGGAACAAGACUAAUUGUUUUUAUAAUCGGAGGUAUGACUUUCUCUGAGAUGCGCUGUGCAUACGAAGUGACUCAGAAGCAUCAACCUUUUGAAGUCAUUAUUGGCUCCACUCACAUUAUAACACCCAAAAAGUUAAUGGAUGAUCUGAAGACCCUCAGUGAAACUACACCUGUGCAAAAAGCAAUGGAGACGUUUGAAAUUAUAGUAGAACAGUAACAGAAACUUGAAGAAUACCACUAGUGCAUUUUCAUCUUCCAGAUAUGUUUCUGAAAACUGCCUUUGAUUGGAUCACUGUUAACAUAUUAUGUAAACAUGUGACAAAACAGCAAAUCAGUGACUUAUACAAGCUUUUGGGACUGUGUUAUACAGCUAAUCAUUAUCUGCUAUGCACAAACACACGGCUGUAUAUACAAGCACACUGUAAAUAAAAAAUACUGUAAUAACUGACAUUUACCUCUACCUCCCAGGUUAGAGUUCUUAUUUUGAAAUUGAAAGUUGUAAGGAAAUUAAAAUUAUUUGGCUCUGUUAGUUCUUGGUUUUCUAUUUAAAUGUCCACCUUUUCAUUUGCAUUGCUGUUCAGAGCUAUGGUUACAGUAGACAUAUGAUAAAACAUAGCAAAGACUUUUUUUGCACUGGUCCACCACGCAUUCAGCUGUAGCCGUAAAUGUUCUCAUUGAGUAACCUUCUUAAAUGAACUUAUUUCAGAGGCAGCUUUGUUAAAAAUGGUUUUGGCAGGGUUAGUAACUGUAUUUUACUGUAAAGUCUGUUUGGUUGUCACUUAACUUUUGAAAUCCGCCAACUGUACAAUCCUAUAGAUCUUUGCUUCAGUGAACUUUAUGGUUUAGGUGUGAACUGAAUUUGCUAUUUUGACCACAUUAAGUGCUUCACGUCUGUGUUUUACAAAUACAUAAAAGCUCAUUGUGACCCUUUAAACUUACGAGCAUGCAGCAUUGCUUCUCCAUAUUCUAGCACUGCUCAAAGUUAGGAAAGUUGCUGCCUUUCAUUAUGCAGAAUUUUAUAUAGACCUUAUUGAAUGUCAAAAAUCCAUGUAUAUUUUGACUGUAUAGAUUAAAAUGUGAUUGAGAAAAUUGCAUCUUUUUAUAUCAAGGACAGAAGUAAAUUUCAUCUUGCCUGUUUGAGUAUUUACGCCACAGUAGUAGUAUCAUAUGUUGCUCUAAAGGGGUUACAUUCUGCCCAGAUGUGUUGACCUAUACUACAACAUUUAUGUACUGUCUAUACAAAUUAACCUAAUUAGAACAUUAACAAGUAAACUGUAAGCGCUUUUUUAAUUUCUUUUUGCACUAAGCAUUGUUACAAGGAUGUAGAAAGAAUAAUGUCCUUUGAAACAUUUCUAUUUGUAGCUACAGUUUCUGAAGAGACUGGCUUAAUGCAUAAUACCACAGUUUGAGCAAAACAAAAUUGAUGUAUAUUGUAAAUAAUACAGGUUGAUCUAUUUUCAUUAUCAAUGACUCUCAAACAUUUAUGCAUAUUUUUAAAAGGGGAAAAUUAUACUCUCAAAAACAAGAUGAGGAAUUGAAACAUGAGACCAAGUUCUCCAAUGCUGUUUUUUAAUGUUUUCAUAAAACCUACAGUGCUUCUUGAAAUCUAAGGCCCGCUUUUGCAGUUAAUUCUACAUUUUCGCAUUAAGCAUACAACAAAACCAUUUUAUGUUAAACGUCAAGAAAAGGAUAUCUAUUGUAUAGUUUGUAUUUAAGCUUAAAAACAAAAAAUACAGUAUUUUUGCAUAAAAUCGUGGAAAUUUUGUACACUGUUGCUUAGUUUUAAAAACCACAACAUAUUACUGUCUCAAUAUUCCUUUUCUGUUCCUUUUUAAAUAACUGUUACUGUGGUUAUUUUCUGUACAACUGAAAUAUUUUAAAUGCUACAGAUUUAAUAUAAUAUUGAAUUAACUUUUUAAAAUGGCACUGCAUUUUUAUCAAAAAUAAAAUCAUAUUUCUCGUGA